CCGCUGUUUACGCCUUCCCCGCGGCCUCCUGCCGGGAGUGCAGCUUUGCGGGGCCUUGCGGAGCGGCUGCAGCCAGCGGAAGAUGAGUUACAAUUUAGAAAUGGAGGCUGAAGAAUUAAAUGGCAGAAAAUUGACAAUUGAUUCCAUAAUGAACAAAGUGAGAGAUAUUAAAAAUAAGAUAAAGGAAGACCUGACCGAUGAGCUCAACUUGAAUAAAGUCUGUGCUGAUCCUACAGAAACUGUUAACCAAAUUAUGAUGGUGGAGAACACCCCAGAGAACUGGUUGAAUUUCUUGCUGAAGCUAGAGAAGAACAGUGUCCCACUAAAUGAUGCGCAUUUAAAUAAGCUGAUUGGUCGCUAUAGUCAAGCGAUUGAAGCACUUCCUCCAGAUAAAUAUGGCCAGAAUGAGAGCUUUGCUCGAAUCCAAGUCAGGCUUGCUGAAUUAAAAGCUAUUCAAGAGCCUGAUGAUGCUCAUGACUACUUUCAAAUGGCCAGAGAAAACUGCAAGAAGUUUGCUUUUGUGCAUGUAUCUUUUGCACAGUUUGAACUAUCUCAAGGCAAUCUUAAAAAAGGUGAACAGCUUCUUCAUAAAGCUGUAGAAAGUGGAGCAGUACCACUCCAGAUGCUGGAGAUUGCCAUAUGCAACUUACACCUCCAGAAAAAGCAGCUGCUUUCAGAGGAGGACAAGAAGAGUUUAUCAGCAUCUACUGUACUAAGUGCCCAAGAAUCAUUCUCCAGUUCGGUUGGAAAUCCACAGCAUAGGAGAAUCAGUUGUGAUUCCAAAGGGCCACCUGCUAUAGCCAGGGUUUUAUAUGGAGAAAACGUGCCUCCACAAGAUGCAGAAAUAAGUCACCGAAAUCCCUUACAACAAACUAACAAAACUAAACGGUCGUGUCCCUUUGGAAGAGUCCCAGUUAACCUUCUAAAUAGUCCAGAUUACCAUGUGAAGACAGAUGGUUCAGCCGCACCAAAUUUUAUAAAAAGAAAGAUAUCCGGAUCAGAAUACCGAGAUUCGAUUAUUCCUGGAUCCAAACCAAGUGGAAAUGAUUCCUGUGAAUUAAGAGGUUUAAAGCCCAUUCAAACUAUCCAUUUCAAAGAUUCUCUACUGUCCAGUGAAAAAAGUUCUGAACUUAUUUCUGAUUCAGUAACCUUGAAGAGUAAAACUGAAUCAAGCCUCACAAAAUUGGAAGAAACUAAAGUGCGUCAAGAACCAGAGAUUGCAGAAAGAAAGCACAAACCAUGGCAGUCCACAAGAAAGUCCGAGUGUGUGAGCCAGAACCAGUUUCACUUUCCAGAGGUAACCCCGAAGACUCAUAAAGAGCAGAAGUGUGCCACUGUUGAGCAACUUGCCUCAUCAGUUUCAAAGCAGUCACCUCCAAUGUCAGCUCCUAAAUGGAUCGAUCCAAAAUCUGUUUGUGAGACACCUAGUAGCAAUUCCUUGGAUGAUUACAUGAGCUGUUUUAAGACUCCAGUUGUAAAGAAUGACUUUCUACCUGCUUGUCCAUCAUCAUCCACGCCUUACGGCCAGCUUGCCUGCCUACAGCCACAGCCACAGCCACAGCAGCAGGGUCUCAAUACUCCUCUUCAAAACUUGCAGAUUUCAGGAUCCUCAUCAGUAAAUGAAUGCAUUUCUGUUAAAGGAAGAAUUUAUUCCAUAUUAAAACAGAUAGGCAGUGGAGGUUCAAGUAAGGUAUUCCAGGUAUUGAAUGAAAAGAAGCAAAUAUAUGCUAUCAAAUAUGUAAACCUAGAAGAUGCAGACAACCAAACUAUUGACAGCUACCGUAAUGAGAUAGCUUAUUUGAACAAACUACAGCAACACAGUGAUAAGAUCAUCCGACUAUAUGACUAUGAAAUCACAGAGCAAUACAUCUACAUGGUAAUGGAAUGUGGAAACAUUGACCUGAAUAGUUGGCUUAAGAAGAAAAAAUCCAUCAAUCCAUGGGAACGAAAGAGCUACUGGAAAAACAUGUUGGAGGCAGUACACACAAUCCAUCAGCAUGGCAUUGUUCAUAGUGAUCUGAAGCCUGCUAACUUUCUAAUAGUUGAUGGAAUGCUAAAGCUAAUUGAUUUUGGGAUUGCAAAUCAAAUGCAGCCAGAUACAACAAGCAUUGUGAAAGAUUCUCCGGUUGGCACAGUUAAUUACAUGCCCCCAGAAGCAAUUAGAGACAUGUCUUCAUCAAGAGAAAAUGGGAAAGUCAAGACCAAGAUAAGCCCCAGAAGUGAUGUCUGGUCCUUGGGGUGCAUUUUGUACUAUAUGACUUAUGGGAAAACACCAUUUCAGCAUAUCAUUAACCAGAUCUCUAAACUUCAUGCCAUAAUUGACCCUAGUCAUGAAAUUGAAUUUCCUGAUAUUCCAGAAAAAGAUCUUCAAGAUGUACUAAAGCGAUGUUUAGUGAGGAACCCUAAAGAGAGAUUAUCCAUUCCUGAACUGCUCACACAUCCGUAUGUUCAAAUUCAACCCCACCCAGGCAGCCAGAUGACUAGAGAAGCCACUGAUGAGAUGAAGUAUGUUCUGGGUCAACUGGUUGGUCUGAAUUCUCCUAACUCCAUUUUGAAAACUGCCAAAACUCUAUAUGAGCGCUAUAAUUGUGGUGACUCUUCAUCAUCCAAGACUUUUGAUAAAAGGGGAGAAAUAAAAUGAUGCACAGCUACUCACAAACCAAAACACUAAGUCUGUUCGUCUGCAAUGCUCUUGAACCUCUGUGGAAAUCUAUGUUAGCAAACAACCUUGCCUGAAUUUUAUCAAUAAAACCUUCAGUAAAUUAUCCUCAAAAUAAAUAAGUAAAUAAACUGUAAAGUUAACCACUAAUGGCACUGUAUAUAUUAAAUUAUAGAAUGUG